AUGACUGUGUCCUACACUCUGGAGGUUGCUAAUGCCAGGUUUGCUGGGUUCACCAAGCUUCUCUUCAGGUGGAAGGGGAGCAUUUACAAACUUCUGUACAAGGAGUUCCUCGUUUUCUGCUUCCUCUACAGCCUCUUCAGUGUUAUAUACAGGUGUAUCCUCACUACUGACCAACAGGAGCUCUUCGAGAGGGCCGCUCGUCACUGCAACAAGUUCGCCAAACUCAUUCCCAUGUCUUUUGUUCUUGGCUUCUAUAUCACACAGGCUUUCCAGCGUUGGUGGGGCCAGUACACUAGCUUCCCGCUGCCUGAUAACCUGAUGAUGGUGGUGUCUGGAAACGUCCAUGGCAUGGACGAACGUGGCCGCCUGCUGAGACGAACGUUGAUGCGCUAUGCCAACCUCUCCUCCGUGCUCAUCCUGCGCUCCAUCAGCACGCGUGUUCGCAAGCGCUUCCCUACCCUCGAGCACAUCGUGGAAGCAGGAUUUAUGACUGAGGAGGAGUUGAAAACACUCAAUCAUUUGUAUUCGGACUUCAACAAGUACUGGAUGCCACUGACAUGGUUUGCAAACCUGGCCUCACAGGCGAGGGAAGAGGGUCGUGUGAAAGAUGACAUAGCUCUCAGGCUGCUAAUGGACGAGCUGAAUAAUUACAGGGCCAAAUGCAGCAUGCUUUUCCACUAUGACUGGAUCAGCAUCCCUCUGGUGUACACCCAGGUGGUUACAUUGGCAGUGUACUCUUUCUUUGCAUUCUGUCUGAUUGGAAGGCAGUUUGUAAAGCCUGAGAAAGCUGAUGAAUACAAAGUUCAUGUUGACCUGUACAUCCCAAUCUUCACACUCCUGGAGUUCUUUUUCUAUGCUGGAUGGUUGAAGGUAGGAGAACUUAUUAUAAACCCAUUUGGGGAGGACGAUGACGAUUUUGAAACCAACCAGCUCAUUGACCGAAACAUUCAGGUUUCCAUGCUCGCUGUGGAUGACAUGCACCAACAUCUUCCUCCACUAGAAAAAGACAAGUAUUGGAUGGAUAAGGGCUUCAGCCUGCCCUAUGGCCCAGCAAAGCCCAUCUUUAUGGGAUCUACUUAUGACAUGAGGACACCUGAUGAUGAGAUAAAUGACUGCACACCAAGCUAUCAGACACUACCAGUCAGUGUGUGGCCACCUGCACCACGGAAACGAGGAAAGAGUCGAGGAACUCUGGAACUAUGCUGCUGUACUAAAAAAGCAAAGUCUAAAAAGAACCAACAAAAAGACCCAGAGAACAUCACAUCAACAAAACCACCCCACCCUGAUGAGGCAUUAACGCUGAAGCCUCAUUGUGCAGUAAUUGUGGAUCCUGAAAAUAUAGCACAGGAGGCUUGA